AGUCUGCCUGCAAAACAAAUCAAUAUUCCUUGUUUAACAUCGUUGUUUCUUCUCAGCAUAUGUCUUAAAGGCCUAACGUUCCUCAUUCUUGUUCCAUAGCCUUCGAUCUUCAUUCCCACCUUUUGGUCUCUAGUGAGAUGAACCCAAACUCCAAUUGGUCCUCUUGAAUCCAAACCCUUUAAUUAUACAUUCCAUUCUUUUAUUUUUUUCCUUCAAAAUUUUCCCGGAAAAUUCUCUCUGAGAAAAUCAACCAUUACCCACUUCUUUAAUUCCAUUGAUUCUUUCAAAAAUAACAAUCUUUUUCACGUAACUUGAAAUGGGUGUCAAAGGUUUCGUCGAAGGAGGCAUUGCUUCUGUGAUCGCAGGGUGUUCCACACACCCUCUUGAUCUCAUCAAGGUAAGAAUGCAGCUUCAAGGAGAGACCCAGCAACCCUCGAAUCUCCGACCCGCACUCGCCUUCCACCCUAGCUCCGUCCACGCGCCGCCGCAGCCGGCGGCCAAGGAGGGUCCCAUUGCCGUCGGAGUUAAGUUAGUCCAACAAGAAGGCGUGGCCGCGCUUUUCUCCGGCGUCUCCGCCACCGUCCUCCGCCAGCUUCUCUACUCCACCACUCGCAUGGGACUCUACGAGGUGCUCAAGAAGAAAUGGUCCGAUCCCAAUUCUGCCGGAGGCACCUUGUCGCUAUCUCGUAAGAUAACGGCAGGGUUAAUUUCUGGUGGAAUCGGCGCAGUCGUUGGAAAUCCCGCCGAUGUAGCCAUGGUCCGCAUGCAGGCCGACGGAAGACUUCCGCCGAUCCAACAACGGAAUUAUAAAUCCGUCCUUGACGCCAUCGCAAGGAUGACAAAAGACGAGGGCAUCACUAGCUUAUGGCGUGGUUCAUCGUUAACAGUGAACCGCGCCAUGUUAGUGACGGCCUCGCAGCUCGCUUCUUACGACCAGUUCAAGGAGAUGAUUUUGGAAAAGGGUGUAAUGCGUGAUGGUCUUGGGACCCAUGUAACGUCGAGUUUCGCAGCGGGGUUUGUGGCGGCGGUUACGUCGAACCCCGUUGACGUGAUCAAGACUAGGGUGAUGAACAUGAAGGUGGAACCUGGGGCGGCGCCGCCGUAUUCCGGCGCACUGGAUUGCGCCUUGAAGACGGUACGCAAAGAGGGCCCCAUGGCUCUUUACAAAGGCUUUAUUCCCACGAUUUCGAGACAAGGACCCUUCACUGUUGUUUUGUUCGUCACGUUAGAACAGGUUCGAAAGUUGCUUAAGGAUUUCUAAGUAGGAUAAUGAUGAUGACGAAGAAGAAUAUGUUUUGAAAGGUUUAAUAAUGCUAGAGUUAUAUAUAGGACUUUUAUUUUUUUGUUAUAAUAGAGUGUUUGUUCAGUUAUUAAAUUUUGAUUUUGUUUAGUGUUAAGAUCUGUGUUAUUUAGUUCAAAAAUGCAGAUUUAAUUGGUAUUAUGUUAA